UAUUUUCUAAUAAAAAAAACAAAAAGUAAAAAGCUUAGCUACUGACUUAUUCCUAAAUUUUUUUGUAUAACAAAUUUCUGUUUCCCACAUGAACAUAGAGCUAAGCCACUUAUCUACAUUAAAAUAUCUUUGAAAUACAUUUGCACCCUCAUAGUAAAAAACAAAGUUAAGCAAUCAAUACAAAAAGUCGCAAUUAGCCGGCCUGUGACCACUUGCAGCACUUCUUACACGUACUUUCCAACACUUCUACCGGCAACAAGUUAAGCAAAAACGGAAUAAAAAACAUAUUAGUUAUAAUUCAGGAUAGCAUCGAGGAAAUCGGGAAAGGCAGUCGUUAUUAUCCGAUUAUCCGAGUCCCGAAAUAUGGAAAACAUGGUCCAAACAAAAGCAUUGAAACGAUCGCGAUCGGCAGACGACGACGACACCAACAAUAAUCUGACACAGAGGAAGAUCUGGGUAAACCAAAGAAUGAGCGAUGCUCGCGAUCCUCAGAAAAUGAAGCAGGUUCACGAGAAAACAACAAAGAUGCUUUUCGACGGGGCAGCCACCAGUGGACAAGGACAGGGCCAGGGUCAGACCACCUCGAACGGACUGGGUCAAGGUCAGCAGCAGCCCGCCCUCUCUGAGCAGUACCAGCUGCUGGGCGAUGGAACCAUUCUGCUGCGAAACCUUCGAGCCGACAUGGCCAAUCCGCGCCUGGAGCGCCAGAAGUCCCGCUGCUGCCAGCGCCAAACCCUCAUCCACGACAUUUGUGUCAACUGCAGCAUGGAUCUGUGCGAGGAGUGUGGUUAUUCCUGCGGCGAGUGCUCGCAAUUUAUAUGCCGCAGUUGCGUUACCUUGUUUGGCAAUCGUCCCGAUGAAGCCGACGAUCCGCUGUGCGAUCGCUGCCAGAUGUUUUUCGCCUAGGGCUUUUCAAAGAUCGGGCCACCAAGUUAACUCCAGCCAUUUUCACAUGC